GGUACCAAAUUAAAGCAUGAUAUGUUGACGUCUUUAAUUACUGCUAAUACAGAAAGAGAUGUAAAUAACAUAAAAAGUGUUAAAGGUGGAACUGAUACUGUUUCAACUUCAUUCGCUAUUAUAUCCUAUUAUCUCGGUCAUUAUCCUAAAGUUAAACAAAAGAUGAUCGCUGAAAUCGAUUCGAUAUUUCCUCCAAAUGCACCACUUGAUAUGAAAUACAGCGAUCUCUUAAAAUUAGAAUAUUGUGAAGCUGUAAUGAAUGAAGUUAGUCGAAUUAAACCUACAGCAAAUGAAUUCCCAAGAUAUAUUGAAACCCCUUGUGAAGUAGCUGGAUAUCAAUGGGAUGCUGGUGUAAUGUUUCAUGUAAACAUUAAUGGUGUUCAUUCGCACAAAGAUCAUUGGCCGAAUCCAGAAAUUUUUGACCCUGAACGAUUUUAUAAAAAAGAUCCUAAUGAAAGACAUAAAUUUUCUUUAAUAACAUUUGGUGGUGGAUUACGUAAUUGUCCUGGAAGAAAGUUAGCAACAAUUGAAUUACUUUCUUUAAUCGUAUUGAUAUUUAGAAAAUAUGAUAUUGAGUUGGUUGAUAUGAAUGCUCCAUUAACGACUAAAUCUUCAUUAGUUAAUUCAUGUGAGGAAUUGAAA